AUGGAGCUUUCUUCUGCUCUUCCUCUCAAUGAUUACAGGUUGUGAAACCAAACGUGAGGACUCUGGGGAGCACUGGUGUAAAACUGUCAAAGGACGCCGUGGCACUGAUGUACUAAAACUGGUACAUGAUGACAACUGCAAGAAGCCAUUUAACCACACUGCUUACAGAUCGGCUAAAACCACCAUCACAUGUGAUUUCACAGGAAUGAAAGACAAACGUUUUUUCUGCAAAGAGAAGAAUCCUUCAAUCAGUGAGGUUGUUUUAUCAACAAGAUCGCCUCUGUGGUCAAACGGGACAUUCACUCUCACAGAAACCAACAGUGGCUUCAACAUAUCCAUCACUAAUGUGUCCUCACAGCAUGCUGGUGUCUACUGGUGUGGAGUGGAAUCAAAUAAACGAAGUUAUCAAGCGGCACUCAGAAAAAUACAACUGAAGGUUGAAAAUAUUCGUAACUUCACCAGGCCUGCUACUAUUGGACAGAAUUUUUCAUACUAUUGUCUAUAUCAAAAAACUGUUGAGAAUAAAUUCAUCUGUAAGGGAGAAGAUCCAUCUAUAUGUGAACCUUUGAGCAUGUCUGACCACAACAAGAACCCUGGGAAGUUUUCCAUGAAGGAUGACAAAAAUAAGGGAAACAUCACCAUUACAGUGAUAAACAUAACCAAAGAAGACACUGGGACAUACUGGUGUGGGGCAGUAAGCACUGAUCCAAGACGCAGCAACCCAUUCUUCCACAGAUUUGUGAUGACUGUAGUUCCACCAUCACCGACAUCUCCUGUUUCUUCAACCCAGUCGACUACUGUAUCUGCUGGGAGUCAAGUUGAUCUUGCAGAUAGUCCUCAGGUCAUCAUUACUGUGGUCGUCUGCGUGUCUGUGCUGCUGCUGCUGCUGUUUGUGCUCAUUUUGAUCCUUAUCUACAAACGACAUUUCAAAAACAAGAGAAAUGCAGCACAGCACAUCAAAGAGGAUUAUGUCUACGAGGAGAUACAGGAGCACCCUCAGAAGCCCGACUCAGGACAUGCAAUGAAUUCGAUUUAUGUCACUGCCAACUUUCCCACAAACCCCUCUGCCUCGCUGCAUUACUCUACCGUUAGCUUUAAAAACUGCUCUGGAGAAGCUGGUGGUGAGGGAUUGAUCACCAGACCCUGCUUUUCUGCCUGUGAAUAUUCUACUGUGAAGGACAGCCAAAGUCCAACCAACUCUACUGUCAACCAGCCAUCUUCAGAGGAUCCUCUCUACGCAACAGUCUGCAAGCCACAGAAGCAAUGAGGAAUUUAUUUACAAAAUGUAUGGCCAAGAUGUCAACUCAUUCAUUUUUUAUAUGUUGUUCUUUACAGUGACAUCCAGCACAGACUUUAGGAAGUACAACAAGACAUUUAGAUAUUGUAAAAAGUGGUUCCCAACUGGUGGGUCGCAGUCCAAAAGUGGGUCGCGGGCCCAUUCUGAAUUGACGGAAGUGACUUACAAACGUGUCAAGUUUAGAAAAACAAAAACUUUAUUUUUUAGUACAACACAUUUCCAGCACAGGGCUUUUAUUUUGAAGUGCCAUUUUCUGCCAUAGAGUGAGUGACUAACAGACAGCUACUUGACAGAGACAGCAAACUAGCUCAAUAACAAGCCCACAUGCAAGUAUGAUGCUGAAUAUAUUAAACUGCAGGAUCUCGCACUAAUGACAAAGGAGAAAUCUGGACCCCAUGGCUGGAGCAGUUGGGAAGCACUGUUAAAAAAUCAUCGCCAAGGUAUUGUGGCAGGUCUUUGGCAUUGAUUGGUAAUGACUAGAUAAGUCCUUUGUGUUUGUUGCUUCUGAAAUUCAGCUUGUUUAAAUCUUGUUAGAAAAAUAAAAAUAAAAAACAUUUCAGCAGUUUAAAUCAAUGUUAGAGCUACUAGAGUACUGAUAGGACAUGAUCAAUUAUUUUUUAUUCAUAUUGUAUACUUUAUUCAUAUCAAUUAUUCAUUCAUAUUAUUUUUAUUUUUUUUUUUUCAUUAUUGUAAAUGUAUCACAGAUGCUGUAUAUGGUAUUGUAUAUAUCAGACAAUAAGUGACAAGAAAUUGCAGAACUGAAAUGCUUCAGAUGUUUAAUGUUUCAACUGAUGCAGUUACAGUUUGUCCAUGGUUGUCAGGCUGGCAACGUUGGUCUGUCAUUGGUCAGCUCAUCAAUUUAGUUUAGAGUGAAAUAUUGACAAUCAAUAUUACAAAAACAAUUGGAUGGAUUGUCAUGACAUUUCGUACAGACAUUCAUGUUCCUUAGACGAUGAAUCCUAAGGACUUUUGCGGUCUCCUGACUCUUCCUCUAGCGCCACCAUGAGUGUCACAUCUGUGUUUUUCAGUAAAACGUCUUUACAAAUAUUGAAUGGAUUUCCAUGUAAAUUAUUUCAGACAUUUCUGCCAGUCUCAGGAUAAUUUGUAAUAACUUUGGUGAUCAACUGACUUUUCAUCCAGUGUCAUCAUCAGGAUUUAUCUGUCCAAUCAUUUGUGACCAAAUAUCUGCACCGCUAGUUUAGUUUAUAACAUAUAUUUGUCAGGGACUGUAUACAACAACUUUAAUUUAACAUAAGGAGAUAAGAUGCGAUGUACUACGUUUAGCUACUAGUUUUAAGUGAACAUAAAACUAAAUUUCUUAAAGUCCAACAUGUUUUGUUUCCUAAGUAUGUCACAGUGAUACUGUUGAAUUUUUCACUGAUGACAUUCCCAUCAGUGUUGUAGAUAAAACGCAAAUGUUUG